CCCCCGCCGGAGGCGGAGAGCCGUGCCGCCAUGGCGGGGCUGCCGUGGAGGCUCUGCAACCUUCUUAUGGCCGCCUUCUUCGGGCUGGCGGCCGUCGUGCAGGUGAACGAUCCCGACGCUGGGCUGUGGGUGGUUGUCUACUUGGUGCCGGCUGCCCUUACGCUGUUUGUUGUCCUUAACCCUUUGGUAACAGAAAACUUUUUUUGGAGGAGCCUCUGUGACCUUCAUUCUGCUGGCUGUAUUAUUGGGGCCAUUUCCUUGGCUUACUCUUUGUUUGCAUAUACUCAAGGAAACAUCUUGCAUGAAGAGGAGGGCAGAGAGUUGUUUGGUCUGGUGAUCAUUACAACAUGGAUGAGUCUUUGUCGCAGUUCAGCAAAGAAUCCGCUGGGUGGAAUUCAUCUGACUGCUGCGAUCUUGGUUGCUCUCUUCCCCUUCGUUUCAUGGCUGUACAUUUAUGUGAACAAAGAGAUGCGAGAAUCUUGGCCAGAACACUGUAAAACUGUGAUUUGACCGGGUGGAGACAGCACAUAAAUAAAUAUUCUGACCUUA